GGGCCGGGGCGAACCGGGGUGGAGAGGGGAAAAAAGCGUCUUCUCGUCAGAAAAUCUCCAACAAUCUGACACCAAACGAAACAAACCAAUGCGCGUCUUUUUUCCCUCCUGUGUUGUUUUAUUUAAAAAGCGAGAAGACAGCGAAGUGAGCCCAGCCGACCGAGCCCGGUCCCGGUGAGGAAGCAGAAAGGGGGGUAAAAAAGAAAAGAGCAAAGAAAGAAAAAAAGCGAUAAGCGAGCACAAAUGACAGCGGAUUUCUCCAUUGUAAUAAUUUUCAGCCUCAUAUUGGGAAGAUAGCACAUCCGGCUGUGUGCGUUGUUCAUGCUGCACCGAAAAAUGUUGGGAAUAACCCAAUGACGCCCCUCUUUCUUCCUUUUUUCCUCUCGGCUGUCCUUUAAACACAGAGGUAUGCCACAUUUAAAUAAAAGCAGUCGCUCCUGUCAGGCCACUGUAAUCUUUCGGCGUGCAGAACAAUGAGCUUGCAACCCAUGUAACCUCCUAUAGCUAGCAAGAGACAGAGAAGUAUUGCAAAUUGACAAUCAGCCAGAUCACUUUGUUGCAGGGCUAUCGGUCGUUUUUGCACAUGAAAAGCGUCUCACUGCGCGAUAAAAGAUUGAUGUGCAGCUCGGAUUGGAAAGAAAGACGACCUCCGAGGCUGUUGGAUUAAGGGUCUCUCUUUCUGCCCCAGAUAGCAGGUUUCCAUGGAGGCAGGUCCGUCCCUAAGCCUCAAACGAAGAUAUGAAGAGGUGGACAGCGGCUCUCUGUUCUCUACACCUAAGGACUCGGACGAUGACAUCUCCAGCAGUGACAGCGCAGACAGCUGCGACAGCCUCAACCCACCUUCCAGCACCCCGUUCACUCCCACCUCCAUCCUCAGACAGCACAAGCCGUCGCAGGGCGGGAAGCGGGUUCGCUUCGAUGUGGUGACGGUGUACUACUUCCCCCGGCGGCAGGGCUUCACCAGCGUGCCCAGCCAGGGGGGCAGCUCCCUGGGCAUGGCGCGUCACCACUCCUCCAUCAGACACUACACGCUGGGCGAGUUCGCACGCGAACAGGAAAGCAGCCACAGACACACGCUGCGCCAGCACCUGCGUCAGGAGAAGCUCAACGCUCGCAAGAUGAAGCUGACGAGGAACGGCACGGUGGAGUGCGCUCAGGCGGACCUGCUAACUCUGGAGGACGUCUCCGACGAGGAUCUUGACGUGGACGCCGUCGAGGUGGACGACUGUUUCUUCCUCCAGCCUCUGCCGACGAAGCGCCGCCGGGCCCUGCUGCGAGCCUCCGGGAUCGCGCGCAUCGAGCGGGAGAAAACCGAACUGAGAGCCAUCCGCCUCUCCAGGGAGGAAUGUGGCUGUGACUGUCGCCUGUUCUGCGACCCUCGCCACUGCGGCUGCAGCCAGGCCGGCAUUAAGUGCCAGGUGGAUCGCAUGUCUUUUCCAUGCGGCUGCUCCAGGGAUGGCUGCGGCAACGCUGCCGGUCGCAUCGAGUUCAACCCCCUGCGCGUCCGAACACACUACCUGCACACCAUAAUGAAUGGAUGUGGAGAAGAGGAGGACGCCCAUAGCGGGUCCGGGGAGCCGUACACUGAAUCUGACCCCUUGUCUUCGCCCUCCUCCACUUGCCCCACGUCCCCGACCCUGUCCUCCGGCAUCGGCCUGGACUCGGAGCUGGAGGAGAGCGAGGUGCAGUCGGUGGAAGAGGUCCACGAUCUCCUGGUGGAGCAGGAUAUCCUGGAGCGGGAAAACGAGACGGCCGUGCUGCACCUGCAGAGCGCCGAGGAGCAGGAGAGACGGGAGAGAGAGGAGGCGGUGCAGCAGGAGCUGAGCUCUGCUGGGGUCGCGGGGUCACACCCUCUCUGCCUCCUGCCUGAGCAAGAAGAAGCAGCUCAAGGUGUUGAUCAGAUCCUCCUGCAGGGACCUUUUCCGACGGGCGCUACCGUCUUGUGCAUUUCUGACUCCCAGGAGGAGAGUCCGUCGGAGCUCCUCAAAGACUCUCUGCUCUACUAUCAGCUCAGCGCCAUCGAGCCCAGCGCCUUCGAGACGCUGCCUGCAGCUGAGGGAGACGAGCAGGAUGAGCCUUCGCAAGGCGAGCCUUUGCAAGGCGAGCCUUUGCAGA